AUGCCUGCCUUCCAGAUGUUGGAGCCCAUCACGCUGUCUUCCUUCACCAUCUGCCGCCUGCCCGCAGCCACCACUACCUGGCACGGCGAGCUCUUCCAGCGCCCACGGUGCUCCAACCCCAGCCCCCCGUCCCUGCCAGCCAGCCAGAGGGCCCCCCGAAACCAGCCGGCCAAGGAAGGGCCUCCCGUGGGCUCGCUCCCCAAGAGCCUGCAGCCGCCAGGACGCCUGCUGUCCGUGAGCUCGUCCCUGUUCCACUUCUGUCACUCUGGCCCCCGACCCGGCCGGCGGCUGGACCCUGCCCACAGUGUGCGCGUGGCCGCCACCCCCGGGCCAUCGGGGCGCCUGGGGGAGGAAAAGAGAGGCGCCGCGGUGGCCGGCUCCCGACCCUUCUCCCAGCCGGGCUCUUCUGGGCCACAGUCAAGCCUCACCUCCGACCCCAACGCCUCCAACCCCCAAGCCCGUCAUUUUCCCAGCCGUUUCAAGCGUGCUGGGGCCCAGCGCCGAGUCCGCUCCCGAGUCUCGUCGCCCUGGCUGGGCCGGGCGUUCGUGAGCAAACGUGCCUCCUCUUCACCGCCCUGGGCCCUCCCGCCCCGGGGUCGGCUGGGUCCCCAGGGCGCUGGCCUCGCGGGCUCUUGCCGCCUCCCACACAAGGGCCCUGGCGACCCGGGCCCACCAGCACAGCGCAGCGCUGAGCCUCCGCCCCAGGCCCGCGGCCCUCGGGGGCCCUCCCUGCCCCUCGGGAGGCCCAGCGCCGGGGCGCCUCACGAGUUUGGGAUGCCGCCUUCCGGAAGGGCCAAGUCCCCACCGUCACGGUUCAGCCUCUGCGACAGCAGCACGGUGGGGGCUCGAAAACACCCAGUGCCGGGGAGCAGCACGGUGGUUCCCGUGGGACACCGGACGGGCUCGCUGAGACGAGUCACCUGCUGA